UUUCGAGUUUCGACUAUUUUACGCUUUGCGCACCGAUAGCUGACUGAUAUAGUAUACAAAGCAAAAAGGCUGGGUGGAUUGGCACGUGUUCACAACGACCUGAGACGGGGUGUUAGCGGAUAUUUGCUUUUUUAGUCGAAUUAUCACACAAAAAUGCAACGUCCCGUCGAAGCAACGAUCGAUAAAGUUUCCCUGAAACCGAAUAAAAUACAACCGAUUAUUGUUCAUUUUCAAAAUGGAAAGCUGAAGGAUGAGGAGGUCACUAAUAUGAAAUGUGGUUUGUACCGCGAAGAAAAAUCGAACAAACAAUUGUUGGCUCUGUCAAACGGCCAGAUUGUUUACAGAGGUCAUAGACCUGACCCUGAUGAAGCACCGACGUAUACCAUGCUGGCUAUUCACAACAAAAGAACAGGCAAGGUCCGAUUGGUCCAAGCUGAAAGAUGGCAGGUUGCCGCCGUACUAGACAAGGAAGUUGAAAGUAACAUCGAUUUAGAUGAAAAUAGAAUUGCUAUGCUACAUAAACAGUUUGGUUCGAAAAAAGUUAAAAGAAGAACCGAACAAAUCGAAAGGAUGAAAAUCGACGUAGAAACCGUUAAAGAACAGUUGGAAAAAACAGUUUCGAGUGUGAAUAUAGAAAGAUCGGAAUUAUCUCUACCGUCUUUGCAAGAUGAUUCAGUAACCAACAUGAACAUGCCCAAUUGUAACAGAAGUGCUUCCAGAGUAGAGGAUGUCUAUGACAUAAAUGAUAUCGUUCCUUUAGAAAAAUUAGAAACACUCCAUGAAGGAUGCAACUUUAUUUUACAUGAAAAAGUAGAAGGGAAAUCAAAGUUCUUUGAGAAAACUCUUAGCAAAUUAAAAUCAAAGGUCUGUGAUUUAAAUGAGAUCGCCAUCCUGCUUUAUAUGGAAGCUGUAGUUACAUGGCUGAGUAUGCCUAUCAAAGAUGCGAAAAAAAAAGGAUCAGACAUAUGCCCUUUGUCAACUGAUAUUAGUAAUCACGUCAUACAGUCGUACAGCGUACCCAGUGCCCAUGGAAGGCAACGUCCAAACACCAUGAGAGACAAGGGAAUGAUACAUUGCAUAAUCCUAGGCCUCAUGAUAUCAAACUACAAAUUAGAUUUGAAUCUAUUGACUACAAUUUUCAAAAACCGUGUCGGAAUCAAGAAGUUGGGAGAAUUGGCUAGAUUUGUUGGCGCCGUAUCAUCAAAAGAUGAUAAGAACAGUGUCAUACUUAAGCUACCUUUACCACCACAGUUGGUGGUCGCCAGGAAAGGGAAGAAAAAAGGAUGACAAAUUCUUAUGAAAUUAUACAGAGACAUAUUUGUAAAUAUCUAUUGUACUCAAUUUCAAAGCAAAGAACUGCUUUAAAAUAAUUUUAUGAAAUACAGAAAUGCAUGCGAAA